GACGCGCGCUUGAGACAGGGCGAAGGAAGUUUCAUUUGGCUCUGUGGUGCUUAACUAAAGUUUUCCCCGGAGUCACAGUGGGGGAUUAGACAUUCUGUGAAAUUGUAACGCUGGAGAGACUGAUCCAGCGGUGGAGGGAACCAUCGUUUUCUUCGGCGUUGAAAGAACAAGUACGUCUGUGAGAUUAGUAGAGGACCGCAAAGGAUUUUUUCUCCCGCUUUCCAACCCCCUCUUUCCCAAAUCCUCCGACCCCCUUCUCGAUCCGAGAUGGGGAAGGAGCAGGAACUCCUAGAGGCGGCGCGCACAGGAAAUCUUGCCGCCGUAGAAAAGCUUCUCUCUGGGAAACGACAAUCGACUGGAAGUGGAAGUGGAUCAUCGGGGACUGGUGGAAGCAGCAAUAGCAGUGGUCAUAAUGCUUCGCACCCGCUUUCCAGCCUUCUCAGUAUCUGGAGGGGUCCUAAUGUGAACUGUGUGGACAGCACUGGAUACACUCCUCUACACCAUGCAGCCCUAAACGGACACAGUGAAGUUGUGGAGUCACUGUUACGUAACGAGGCCUUGACCAACAUCGCCGACAAUAAGGGCUGCUACCCCCUGCACCUGGCCGCAUGGAAGGGGGACCAACGGAUCGUCAGGCUGCUCAUUCACCAAGGCCCCUCACACCCCAAACUCAACGAGCAGAGCUCCUCUGUAGAGCACAAAGAGUUGAAACGCUGUGGGCCCUUUGACCUGCAUAUUAAUGCCAAGAACAACGACAACGAGACCCCUCUCCACUGUGCCGCCCAGUACGGCCACACCCAGGUGGUGCGUCUGCUGCUAGAGGAGCUGACCGACCCCACCAUGAGGAACAACAAGUUUGAGACGCCGCUGGACCUGGCGGCGCUCUACGGCCGGCUGGAGGUGGUCAAGCUGCUGCUCACCGCCCACCCCAACCUGCUCAGCUGCAACACCAAGAAACACACGCCGCUGCACCUGGCCUCACGCAACGGACACCUGGCCGUGGUGGAGGUGCUGCUGGACGCUGGCAUGGACAUCAACUAUGAGACGGAGAAGGGCAGUGCCCUCCAUGAAGCGGCACUCUUUGGGAAAACCGAUGUGGUGCAGAAACUUCUGAGGGAAGGGGUUAAUGUCAACAUGGUGGACAACAAGGGCCUGACUGCGCUGGACACUGUCAGAGAGAUGCCCUCUCAGACGAGCCGGCAGAUAGCAGCUCUAAUUCUGGGUCAUAUGUCAGGAAAUCCCCCUGUUUUGGACUUGCCUCCUCCCCCUCUCCCUCCACCUAAUGAGAGCCCUAGUCCGAGGAAAAAAGGUGAGAUGGAGGUGGUGAGUGCACUGCUCUCGGGGCUGGCCCCGGGGCCUGAGGAAGAGAGCCCGUAUGAGGCUCUGUUUGAGGCCACCUCCUGUCACUCUCUAGACAGCCUGGCUAGCGGGAAGUCCUCCGACAGGGACUCUGGACGGCCUGACAGUGAAGCUGGAAAGAAAGACCGGCUGGCUCACCAAUCCCAACCUGCCCCAGGCCAUGUAGAGGAGCUUAGCUCAGAGGCCCUAUUCACUAACAGCAGCAUCGAUGAGAGGGGGGAGACUGAGGAGGAGGAUCACACGUAUGAACUGCUGCUGUCCGCCCAGACCAAAGUCCCCCAGUCCGCACUGGACCCCCCAUCCCAGAAAGAAGGGAACACUACAGUCAAACAGUCUUCCAACAGUCUCCUACCUCAGCAGCAGAAGCCCACUGCCCCUAGUGACCUCAGACCACCAGGCGAGACGGACAACACUCUGAAGCUCCCCGGACCUUCUGUGGUUGGGCCUGGACGGACGGGACUCCGCUCCACUGGCGAUAACUCCCUACUCGGCCAGGACCUAGUUGCAGUACCUGAAGUGUUCACAGGCCUCUUGCACGGCUCCUCGCCUGUCUUUGACUGUCAGGUGGAGCCCCUCAGCAGGCUGCCAGGUGUGGUACUGACACAGUCCAGCCAAGGCCAACAGCCGGCGCCAGCUCCAACGGUACCCACCAAAACAGAAGCUCCGCCUCUGCCUCCUCCAAACAUCAACAUGGCUGCCAUCCUGACAGACUGUGACCCCAAAGCCAUCUAUGCCACAGUGUCUAAGGGGGUGCCCAGGGACAGAGACAGAGACAGGAUGAGGGACUUUGGGUCUGGGGCUGUGCCUGCUGGCAGGAUGCGUCCCCCUGGGGACCUGAAGCUGGCCCGCAGCCUCUCCAAGUCGGACUCGGACCUGCUGGUAUCGCCGCCUAGCGAGGAGGAAGGAGGGCUGGGCAGCCGGAGUGAGUCCGUCUCCAACUGCAGCGCAACCAAGAAGCGGCUGGAGAAGUCGCCCUCUUUCGCCUCUGAAUGGGACGAGAUGCCUCCCACACUACCUCCUCGGAGAUCUCAGUCCUCUGAAAGUAUUGAGAAGAUCAUGACGCUGAUUGGCGCAGGCAUCGAUUUCUCCAGAGACCAGCAGUACGCUACCCCAGGUGGGGCGGCUGGGCGGCUGCUGGAUCAGCCCGUGGGAGACUGGCUGGAACACGUGGGGCUACCGCAGUACGAGAGCAAGCUGCUGCUCAACGGCUUCGACGACUUGCACUACAUGGGCAGUAAUGUGAUGGAGGAACAGGACCUGAGGGAGAUAGGCAUCACUGACCCAGGACAUCGAAGGAAGAUCCUGCAUGCAGCUCGGUCCCUGCCAAAAGUGAAGGCCCUGGGCUGUGACGGAAGCAUCUCUCUCUCCUCCUGGCUGGACCUCCUGGGCCUGCAGGAGUACCUCCACAACUUCCUGUCCAGCGGAUAUCGCAGCCUCGACUGUGUCAAGAACCUGUGGGAGCUAGAGAUUGUCAACGUACUGAAAAUCACCUUGCUGGGACACAGAAAACGCAUCAUCGCAUCGCUGGCAGAACGGCCCUAUGAGGAACCUCCUGUCAAGCCCCCCCGCCUGUCCCAGCUCAGGUGUCAGGACCUGGUAUCCCAGACCUCCUCUCCCAUCAGUCACAUGGACUCCUACGCGGGUCGUUCCAUGGACCCCCUCCUGCCGUUGGGGGAGCCUGGGAGGAGGAAGGGGCCUGACCCAGCUUACGAUGUGGACCCCCACCGGCCCCGCAGUGGAAGACACCGCUCACAUGAGAGGUAUGAGGAGCGGCAUCGGGAGCCCCGUCUGACCCUGCGACCCCCCAGCCUGGCAGCACCUUACACCCCUGUACAGAACUGGCACCACCAGCCUGAGAAGCUCAUCUUUGAGUCCUGUGACUAUGAAGCCAAUUACCUGGGAUCUAUGCUCAUCAAGGAGCUACGUGGGACAGAGUCCACCCAGGACGCCUGUGCCAAAAUGAGGAGGUCGACAGAGCAGAUGAGGAAGGUCCCCACCAUCGUCCUCUCCAUCACAUACAAAGGGGUGAAGUUCAUUGACGCAGCCAAUAAGAACAUCAUAGCUGAGCAUGAGAUCCGGAACAUCUCGUGUGCGGCCCAGGACCCAGAGGAUCUGUGCACAUUUGCCUACAUCACCAAGGACCUGCAGACCAACCACCACUACUGCCAUGUGUUCAGCACAGUGGACGUGAACCUGACCUAUGAGAUUAUCCUGACGCUGGGACAAGCUUUUGAGGUGGCCUAUCAGCUGGCUCUCCAGGCCCAGAGGACCAAACAGCACCAGGUCAUCCCAGCAGGACCUGGGACAGAGGUCAUCGAGACCAAAUCCAGCCGGCCCGUUCCUAAACCACGGGGCAGCGUAAGAAAAUUAGGGGUGGACCCGUUGGAGCUGGUGGGGGACUCCCAGUCCCAGGGCAGUGCCACGUGGCUGGUGGACCCCGUUCCCAAGGACUCCAAGAGGACCAUCAGCACUAACUGACUACCAUGACAAGACACCCCGCCAGAGUGAGAGGUCAGGGGUGCCCAGACCAAUGGUAUUUUGUUGUGGGGCAGGAUGCCCUUUUGGAACCAAGAGAAAGGUCAGGCCCACUUUCCAUGCACCCCUCCACCCACUGGGGGUCGUGCUUGCAUACACCAGGAAGGCCCUACCUGCUCUCUGCCGCCCCCGGCCCUCUCCUCAUCCUCCACUUCUUCAGCUCCAGGGGUCAGCGCUGUAGCUCUGUAGCAGACAGACAGGAAGUCCGCUAUUGGCUUCUUCCACCCUGUCCUGUCCUUUGACCACUGUGACUGACUGCCCCCAGGCAGUAAACCGAAUCAACCAACACCCUCACUGCGUCCACUUACAUAUACUGAACAAUAUGGACUCAAUAUGUCAAAACUUGGUCAGUUAACUAGAGCUCACAAAGGUGGGUGUUUGUUUGGUACGUGUCCCUCUUUCAUUGUGAAGCACUCAACUUCAACAUCCCUCAUCUGUUUUUGGUACAAAUUAAACAUGUUUAUCCUUUACAGGCCUGUGAAUGCUGUUCAGACAGACAGGGUAUUCUAUUUAUGGGUACGAGAGGGACAAGUUCCCAGUGUUUUUUUUGCCAGACAUGUUGUGACUUGUUUAUCCAUUCCAUGAGAGGUGAAGAUGGUUGCCUCCUCUAGAUUGGUGCCUCAAACAACUCCUCCUCAGAGAGGCCUUCCCCAUACACUUAAAUGUGUCUCCACUGGGGGCUAAGCUAAGCUACUCUUUACUCUGACAGUGAUAGUAAUCAACAUAAAUUAUAGAUUUUUGAGCAGAGAAAAUUGAGAUCCUACCUGACUAUCUCAAUGAAAUGCCUAUGGGAAAUGAGAGACAAAUUUGGGAAGAAUUGGGUAAAAUGAUUACCAUGUGAGAUGCAGCAGUACACUCACAAGGCUCUCUCCUGUCCAUCCAUCCAAGCACCAGGUCAGCGACAUCAAAGCAUCUCUUCCUUAUUUUCAUUUCCUCAUUCAUAACAUACAGAACUGUGAUAAAUAAUGGAAUAGUGUGCGGGAGGAAUUUUGGACAGCUGUUAAACUGACACUACAGAUCAUAUUUAAACAGGGUGAAUGGCUUUUAUUUGAUCAAAAUAAUAGUAAUGUAUUGUCUUUUUGUACGUUUUAACUGUCCUGAUGCUGGAUACUAUAUGACCAGGCUGGUGUUGUGAGGUAGUCCUACUAAUUGCAUUUUAUUCCCCCUCACUUUAUUUCUGAAUGAAUUUUGAACCAGUCAAACCACAAAACCAGUAAUGUAAGAUUUUAGGUACAAUAAUGUAACAAGCAUUUUCUCCCCAUACGCUAUCUCUCCUGGUACUCUGUGGGCAGCUAGUGAUGAACCUCUGUUGGUAUGUUGACUAGUUAUGGUACACUCAAUAUGGUACACUGGCUUCAACUGGUUGAUAGCACCUGCAGCCAUCAACCUGGUCCCAUCUUCGCGUUUGCACAUUUACUAAGGAUCAUUGGUAGUACAAUGUGACUAUUCUGAUGAUAUUGAUUAUGAGAACAAUAUUGGAUUGUAAAUUAAUCUCUAGCAGUCUGUAUUUUGAUACUUGAAUGAUUUUGCUUUUAUAGAUAUCUAUAUAUAUAUAGAUAUCUAUAUAUAUAUAUAUAUGUAUGUAUGUAAUUUUUUGCCACAUUUGUCGUAAAGAGAAAAAGGACUGUCUUAUAAAGUUCAACAUAUCAUGAUACCCAACGAUUGAAAACAAACAGAGAAAGAACUUGGAGCGACCGCACUAAAGAAACAAAGAAAAAGAUUGUAAAUAAUCUUGGGCUUCCAGUCUUUUUAUGAUUAUUAUUUUUCAUAAUUGUACAACUAAUAAAUGAAGAAAUGAUGAACCAGAUUCUUGAUUUCUUUU